AUGGCCUCGAUCGAUAUGGAUGCUUCGGCAUCCGCUGCUGCCAGCCUGGAUAGUCUUCACAGCGCUCUCUCCAAGAUUCGCCACCACACCAACUCGAAACUCGAAAACCAAAAGGGCCCUGCUCAGCUCCUCGCCGCUGUAGAAGCCACGCUUGCCGAGCAGGACACCAGCAAUGGCUCAACAUCAGCAUCAUCCGUAGCUGCCUCUCAGCACGCCUUUGUUCAGCGUGCUCCCGCCGAAUACUUUCUCGCUUUAGAGUCGAUGCUCCAACUCUCCAGCUCGCCCUCGUCGCCAUCCUUGCUCCUCAACAACGUUUUGUACCUCUUGUCCAUCGUCGCUCCUCACGUGUCGGCAGGCAUCAUCCGCGCAAAGCUCUCAUCCGUUGUACCCGCCAUCGGAAAGCUGCUCAGCUCGCCUCACCCAACCACCUUCAACGUGAACGAUACCUCGGCUGCAGACAACUACGCUUCCGCACUCAAAUCGGCGCUUGCCAUCCUUGAGGCUAUCUACAAGGCAUUCGACAAUGACGUUUCCCAUCUCGAAAGCGAUCUCCCUUUGCGCUCCUGUUGGUUGGCUGCUCUCAAUCUGUGCGCCGACUCGCGUCCCAAGGUGCGAAGACGUGCACAGCUCCUCGUCACAGCCAUCCUACCCACCACAGCAGCCGCCUCUGUCAAACCGUACCACCCCUAUCUCAAAAUCACCUUUGACUGGAUUAUCUCGACCUUGACUCACGUUGCCGAUGCCGGCUCUGUCUCGACCUCCAAUGCCAAAAACAAGAACAAGGACGACCCAUUCCAUCCCAAGUACGACAAGAAGUCCGGCACGGCCAAACAGGCACAAGCCGCUGCCGCUCUGCGACAGAACCAAGGCGACACAGCUUCCGUCGGCAUUUGGGUCUGUGGAUUUGCCAAGCAGACCAUCAACAUUUUGCCCGUUGCUCAAGUCGAUGAGCUCGUCGCUGCUCUGCUCCGCUUGCCUGGUCUCCAGAACCCUUUCCUCACUGUCGCCGCUUUCGACGUCUUUGAGGCAUUCCUCAAAACCUGUCGACCCAACAUCUCGUCCGGCGCCUCUCAGGCAGACGCUCUUCUCAUUCAGCCGCAUCUGACGUCCAGCGCCAGCAGUAUUGGCGAAAAGACACUCUCAAACCUCUUGGACUCGCUCCGUUCACCCGCGUUCGUCCCUUCCAGCUCUGACGUUCAGCUGCUUCCUGCCUACCUUCGCGCUCUCGAACACGCCAUGUCGGCCUACUCGCGCUUUGCCGACGGUGAGCCCGCUUGGCGUCUCACUCCGCACGUAUGGAACGAUGUUUGGGCGCUUUCCAUGUCGGCCAGGUCGGAUGCUUCGCGCACUGCGCCUGCUGUCCGCUCGGCCGGUCGCGACGUGCUGAUCGCGCUUUUGCGUUACUGUGUCCCCGAUGCUGCCAUCGCUGAUGCGCUCAGCGCUUCUUUUUCCAAAAAGAAAGCCAGCAACGCUUCUCUGCUCGCUCUGAUUCAAUCUAUCGAGGAUGCGCUCGGCAAAGAUUCUCUUCAAUACAUGCACGCGCGUGCAGAGAUUCUCUCGGUGCUCGCCUCGCUCAUCACGCGCUUGCGCUACCACUACGUUGCCAACACGCAACCGCCACACCCUGCUGCAGCCUCGCUCACGAUGCACAUUGUACAGACCAUCGCCGAGCUGCGUCAGGAGCCCACUUUUGAGCAUCGCGAGUACGCCGACACGGUGAUCGCUGCUGCGGUCGAGGUGUGCGGCCCGCGUCUGCUACUGGAAGCGUUGCCGCUCAAUCUCUUCGGUGAAGCUCAAGGUCCCGGUCGCGCCUGGCUGCUUCCGCUGAUCCGCACCAAGAUCAACAAUACCGAGCUCAGCCACUUUACUGGCGAGCUGGUCUCACUCUCGGAGAAGAUCUUUAACAAGCGUCAACAAGCCGAAACCGAUGGUCGCCCCGUCGAGGCCAAGAUGUACGAGGCGCUCACCGAGCAGAUCUGGGCUCUGUUCCCUGCUUACUGCGCCAUGCCUCGCGAUCUUAUCUCGGCGUUUACACGACAGUUUGCCGAGCUGCUCACCAAUGUGCUCUACACUCAGCCGAACUUGCGUCCCUCGAUCUGCCGCGGUCUUCAAGCUCUGGUCUACCGCAAUGAAGCGCUCGUCUCGUCCGGUGCACCUUCGGAUUCGCUCAAACAUGCAUUUGGUUUGGACCAGGCCGACGGCAAGGCCAACAUUGCGCAUCUUUCGGCCAUCGCUCCGAACCUGCUUGCAGUGCUCUUCAACGUGUUUUCGCAGUCGCCAGGAGAGGGUCGCGGAUUUGUGUACGACACCAUCGCUGCUUACCUGCGCGUCAUGUCGGCACAAGACGUGCAGAACACCUAUCUCAAGGUCAAGACGACGCUUGAGCAGGCAUUGCCAACGCUUCCCACGAAACAGAAGCGCAACCAGAAAGAGAACCCCAACACGCCGCCGCCGGUCGCUUACACGAUGCUCGAUCUGCUCUCGGCACUGAUCGCGCAUCUCGACAAGAGCACGAAUGGCUCGGCUGUUGACCUGUUCUCGCUCAUCUGCCAGGACAAUGUGCUGCGUUCGCAUGACUCGACCGUGCAAAAGAAGAGCUACCGCAUUCUCAGUCGGCUGCUCGAGGGCGAUGCUGGCAAGCAGAUCCUCUUGGUUGGUGCUGACAAGCGAGCCAAUCGCGUCGGCGAGUUACUCGACAAGCUGCGUGAAUCGACGGCCAGCGUGGCUCUCGGCGCCAAGCGCGAUCGAGUUCUGCUGCUCGCCACACUCGUACCCCACAUCCCCUCGGACGAACUGCACCAUUUGCCCAGCAUCAUUCCUGAGGCAGUGCUCGCCACCAAGGAAGUCAACGCUCUCACUCGUCAGAACGCCUAUGAGUUGCUAGUGCAGAUGGGCUACAAGAUGGAGCAAGGCGGUGUGAUCCAUCGUCAGCUCGUCGAGGGCCAUGCUGAUACUGUCGCUGCUCAGCAGAAAGACGACGACGACAGCCAGAUGGCUCAUGUCGGGCUUGUGUCGGCCUCAAUUAGCGAAUACCUGACCAUGGUCGCUGCCGGCCUUGCGGGCACUACGCCACACAUGAUCAGCGCCACGAUCACGGCACUUUCACGACUCGUCUACGAGUUCAAAGAAACGCUCGAGCAGAGCGUGCUCGACGAGCUGCUCAGUACGAUCCAAGUAUACCUGCAAUCGGCGAACCGCGAGAUUGUCAAGUCGGCCAUCGGCUUUGUCAAGGUGGCCAUUGUAGAUUUCAAUACGGCGCUCAUCGAUGCGCACCUGCCCAAGCUGAUCCCGGCGCUGCUUGGAUGGUCCACGGAGCACAAGCAGCACUUCAAGGUGAAGGUGCGUCACAUUUUCGAACGUCUGCUGCGUCGAUUCGGCUUUGAACGCAUCUACGAGCUUACCGACCAAGACAAUCGCAAGCUCAUCAACAACAUCCGCAAGCGCAAGGAGCGAGCUAAACGCAAGAAGGCAGAUGCAGCUGCUGAGCGCGAGGCUCGAGUGUUCCAAGACGAUGACGAGCCUGCGCUUGCACCUCGCAUCCUCAAGACCAAGGGAGGCAACGACGCGUUUGAGGAGGUCGUGUAUGGAUCUGAGUCGGACAUUUCCGAGUCGGACGACGAUGCCGACGAAAACGAAACUGAAACUGCCGACGUCGACCGACGCAAAGCGGGUACAGCGAGUGCUUUGGCGCGCAAUCGGAAUCGCAAGAAUGGAGGCAGUGGCAAUGCUGAUGAACACGGAGGCCGAGCGAAUCGGCGUCGUGCCAAGCAGCAGGACGAGGCUUACAUUGAGAUGGACGAUGACGACCAGGUUCCGAUGGACCUUCUCGAUCGCAGUGCGACGGCCCGUAUCUCGCUGACCAACCCGAACGCCAAGAACUCGGUCAACGCUCGCAACAGGAAGCGACAGCCGGGACAAGAAGCUAGCAAGUUUGCACUCGACCAAGCCACAGGGCGCAUGGUGAUUGACGAUGACGAGGCGGCUUCGAGCAGGCACACCAGUAACGCAGCGUCCAAGCGCGUCUCGUUUGCUGCUACUCAAGACGAAGAUGCGGACGCUUUUGACGUGCAAGGUGCCGGUACGGCUUACCUCAACCAGGCGCGCGGCGUUGACGGCAUGUCGCACGUACGCGGAGGAGCGGUCAAGUUCAACAAGAACAACAAGCGUACGCGCGAAGCCGAACGCGAGAUGGAGCUCGAACAGAUGGCCGUCGAAGAAGCACAGGACCGAGCACGACAGGUGCAGAGCGCCAAGCAAGCCAGUGGUCAAGCCGACCGCAAGAAGCGUGUCAAGGAAUCCAUCGGGAAGGAGUUCCGAGCCAAGCGCGGUGGCGGAGAUGUCAUCCGUAACGGCAAGAGCCCCUACGCUUACGUACCGCUCAGCCAGGUCGCCGGAAAAAACGCUUCCAAGAACAGCGACAACCUAUCCUACACGGGCAAGGGUGAUAAGAGUCGAAAGCGUCGUUGA